UAGACUCACUGACUUCACUCAAAAACAGCCUUACAGACCCCUAGGGCAAUCAUGGACCAAGUCAAGUCCAGCAGCACUGUGACGCAUAUUAACGACCAAGGCUCCAGACACUUGUCUCAUACAAUAGAGAAGCUGAUCCAACAGUCUCAGGAGGCCAAGCAGCAUGCGUACUGUCCCUACAGCAAGUUCAGAGUGGGAGCUGCCCUCCUGACCAUGGACAACACUGUUUUUAGAGGUUGCAAUGUAGAGAAUGCAUGCUACAACUUGGGUGUAUGUGCUGAAAGGAAUGCUAUCUCAAAAGCGGUUUCUGAAGGCUACAGAAGUUUCAAGGCAAUUGCAAUUGCCAGUGACCUAAAGGACCAGUUCAUCUCGCCAUGUGGGGGCUGCAGGCAAUUCAUUAGAGAGUUUGGUUUAAACUGUGAUGUGUACCUGUCAAAGCCCGACGGCUCUCACCGGAAGAUGACCGUGGACGAGCUGCUGCCCGUCUCCUUCGGCCCUGAGGAGCUGGACAUGAAGAAAGUGUUUUCAUCUCCUUAAACAGUGUGAGCCUGUUUUGUCGUACAAAACACAAAGACAUGUAUAAUGCACAUGCUGCUGAAAAUGUAUUAAUGUGUAGCAGUAGUUAUAUUUAUGGAAAAUAUUUGUUCUUUUAGUAUGCGCUGAUUAUGUCAAGUCAAAUGAUUAAAAGUUACCUAAUGUA